ACAGCCAAUCAAGGCCAACCCAUCUCCAAUAGACAACAGUCCAAAGAACUGCAAAAGGAGGAGGUUUCUGCCACAGUGCUCCUCUCUCUUCUCGCACCACACACUUACUGCAACAUGGUCACUCUGGUUAGUGAUGUCCAUUGAGCUUCAAGGAGAAGAGUGGAAAAAGACACUGAAAGGCAGUUCUCAUGACUUGAGAAAUAACCGUAGAAAGACUGAUGGGGCACCAGAGAAGAAGAAAAGAGUUUAACUUUGGGAUACAAGUUCCUUCAACACAACCUGAGGAGGAUAAAAUGAUCUGAGAGUGUGUGGAAAGUCGCAUUUAACCCUGUUUAAGUCGACAGUAGAAAAGACGUUAUGUUGUGUGCACAGGGAAUUGGUGCCUUGGCUCUUUUACACUGUGCAAUAACAGUGACUGCAUUGAUAGACUCUGAUGAUGUCAUCACACGAGACGAGCAGAUCUACGUUCUGAUUGGUGCUCAUGCCAGGUGUGAGAGGGAAAUCCAGGCACAAAUGGCCCUGGUUAAAGACGGUGACUGCAUCCCAGAGUGGGACGGGAUCAUCUGCUGGCCACAGAGCAGAGCGGGUCAGCUGAUCUCAGUGCUGUGUCCAGAGUACAUCUACGACUUCAACCACCGAGGGCGAGCCUACCGCCAGUGUGAUGCAUCAGGAAACUGGGAGCAGGUGUCCAGUAUCAACCGCACUUGGGCUAAUUACACAGAGUGCACCACAUAUUUGACCUCCAACCACAGGAGCCAGGAGGAGAAGGUGUUUGAGAGACUCCAUCUCAUGUACACUGUCGGCUAUUCCAUUUCUCUCGCGUCGCUGUUGGUGGCAGUCUCCAUACUCUGCUAUUUCAAGCGCCUCCACUGCACACGCAAUUACAUUCACAUUCACCUCUUCACCUCCUUCAUAUGCCGAGCAGUCAGCAUUUUCGUGAAGGACGCUGUGCUCUACUCCAUAUCUGAUGACAGUAAGGUUGAGCCUGAGUUCACUGACCAGAAGCCCCAUAUGGCCGGUUGUAAAGUUGCUGUCACUCUCUUCUUGUACUUCCUGGCGACCAAUCACUACUGGAUCCUGGUCGAGGGGUUGUACCUACAUAGCCUCAUCUUCAUGGCUUUCCUCUCUGACAAGAACUACCUGUGGGCCCUCACCAUCAUCGGGUGGGGCGUUCCGGCUGUGUUUGUGUCCAUUUGGGUCAGUGCACGAGCAUCACUGGCAGACACCCAAUGUUGGGACAUCAGUGCCGGAAACCUGAAGUGGAUCUAUCAAGUUCCCAUUCUGGCGGCCAUUGUUGUCAAUUUCCUCCUAUUCGUCAACAUAAUCCGAGUAUUGGCCUCCAAACUGUGGGAAACCAACACUGGUAAAUUGGAUCCUCGCCAGCAGUACCGGAAGCUGCUCAAGUCUACAUUGGUCCUCAUGCCUUUGUUUGGAGUUCACUACAUGGUGUUCAUGGCUCUCCCCUACACUGAGGUCACCGGGCUGCUGUGGCAGGUGCAAAUGCAUUACGAGAUGUUCUUCAACUCUUCCCAGGGCUUCUUUGUUGCAUUUAUCUACUGUUUCUGCAAUGGGGAGGUGCAGGCGGAGGUAAAGAAGGCGUGGUUGAGACGCAGCCUCGCUCUGGACCUCAAACAGAAAGCCAGGAUGACCAGCAGCGGCGGUGGAGGCAGCUGCUACUACGGCGGCAUGAUGUCACACACCACCACGCACAGUGUCAGCUUGUCUGCUGCGCAUCCCAGGGCGCUUUCCUUCACUGGGGGUGUGGUGGGAUCAGCUGGAGCUGCCGGUGGCGGCUCAGGGGUCAGGCCGCCACGCCACACCUCGCUCCACCCACAAAGCAACCUGCCCGGAUAUGUGCCUGGUGAUACUGAGACCUCAGGAGUGUUCGCCAGACAUGUCAGGACCAGUAAGGCAAAUCAUGACUCCAAAGGUCAUGGAGCGCCUUCAACCCCUGGAGCAGAAGAUCCAGACAGCUCCUUAUCUCUGAAAGAGCUGGAGACCAUCUUGUGAUUGUCUUGGUAUUGUAUGUAGGUCAGACGUGGUGUGAGUCAGACUGGUCAUACAAAAUCCUUCAUGUUGAUUUGCAUUUGCAAACACAGAGCUGGUGCUCUACCAAAGCGGAAAUCUCAAGGAUUUACUUGCACUGAGCUGUUUUUGUUGAGCUCAAGAAUGAACUUUCGAUCUCAGCUUCAACGAGAAUGAACUGAAAGUGAAGAAAUUUGAACAUUUACAACCCCAUGACAGCUGCUGAGGAAGAUUGUGUCAUAUGAUCGAAAGAUGCAGACCUUGUGGUUUUCGGUGGAUUUCGGCAGGAGUAGAAACAAAUUUCAAAUUAGCAAAAUGACACCAAAGGCCCAAAAAACGAUUGCGUUAUAUAACGUGGUCUGUGAUGCUUUAUGUUUUACUAUAACCUCAAUUUUCUCAUGAAUAUCAUAUGAGUCUAUUUAAUUUCUCAGUGUAAAUGAAUUGUACAUUAUGUUUUAUGUUUUCAAUUGACGUAAAAGAAAUGUGAAAUAAAUAAAUGAAACUGAAUAAUCUGUGACGAUGUGAUGCUGCAGACAAUUCAGGAAAGUCAAAGGACAGACCUGGAUGUUCAGCCGGUGAGAUCUUUUUGGUGAUUUUUCUCCCUCUUCACAUCUUUCCUGUGUUGGAUUUUCCAGGCAAGACUGGCUGACCUAGUUCAAACUGCACUUAUAUGUGUGCGUGUGUGUAUAUGUGUGUGCGUGUGUAUGUGUGUAUGUGUGUGAGUGAGUGUGGCUGUGUGUGUGUGAGCAGCCACUGUCUCUGAAUCUGCUGUAGUGAUCCUCCCUUUUCCAAAUAUUGACCUUUAGGUACCAGCCACACAUCUAUGAUGGAGGAAACAUUAUGAAUAUCAUUCCAGUAGUUAGCCUGACAUGCUAACUGUCCCAAUUUGAUUAUUUUUAACAUUUAGUCAGGCCCGGACAGGUAGCGACUCCCUCUGCACCUUUGCUGUUUUGUCCACUGCUGUCUACUCAGCCCCGUCAGACGGGACCCUGAGGGCUAAUACACAAACCUUUUGCCCCUCGCAGGCCAAACCCAAAAUCCUUUUACCGUCUAACCUCUGCCCUGAAUGCCUUCACAACACCGUCCAGAAUUUCACACACUCCCCUCGGGCCUCGGGCCUCGGAGCAAGAAGCACCUGAGCUGUUUGUAGACCUUGAGCGUGAGUGACAAACCUGCAGCACAAGCCAGCAGUAUUCACAGGAUCAACAGGCAGGAAAGUGUGCUUGUAAAUAUUUUAGGACUGUUUAGGUGUCCAGAUUGCUGUUCUGUGUUUAUAUGAUAUGUACAGUGUAAGAUAGCUAUGAUAAUUUAAUAUAUGUUUUGGGAGUUAUGCCUUGAGAAUUUAA